AUGAUUCUCCGUGCGUAUACCUCUUUUUCCUUCGUCAUUUUGAUUUUACUCAUGCUCCUUAGGCCGGAUCCCCAAGAACGUUUAUUUAUCGUAUUCUUCGACCUAUUGCUAUUAGACGAUAAUCUCGCGUUGGCCAAGCCAUAUAAAGAGCGAAGGGCACUCCUCCAUGAGGUGGUAAACCCAAUUCAUGGCCUGGCGGAUAUUACACCCCAGUUUAAUAUAGAUUUCUCUUUUCCAAGUGCAUACGAAAGGCUGAAAGAAGAAUUCUCUUUGGUUUCGGCCCAAAAAUGGGAAGGCCUUGUUCUAAAGGGCGCAGAUGAACCAUAUUUUCGAACCUUCUCUCAAGAUACAAGCGAAUUCUCGUGUUGUUGGAUCAAAUUCAAGAAAGAAUCCAUUCCUGGCCUAGGGGAUACUGCUGAUUUCGUCCUUAUUGGGGCCAGAUACGAUUCCCGGGAAGCAGCUUCCCUCCACAACAUUAAGGGGCUAUCAUGGACAUCCUUCUUUAUCGGCUGUCUGGAUGAUGAUGCGGUCUCUCUCUCAUCCAAACCAACAUUCCGCAUCAUCGAUAUUCUAAACCGACACAACAUAAACACGCCUUUGAUGCAAACCCUAAACCAAUUAGGGCAGUUCCAAGCAUGCGAUGUUGAUUCUGAUGAUGCUCCAUUUUCAUUACGGGUCGACCAAGUCCGCCUCACGAAAAUUCAAGUCAUGUUCAGAACCCCAUUCAUCGUAGAAAUGACUGGUUUUGGCUUCGACAAGCCCCAGGGUGUUCGGUACUAUUCCCUUCGAUUUCCUCGGGUCGUGAAAAUCCACUCUGAUAGGAAGUAUGAAGCUGCCACCUCCUUUAAAGACCUACAAGAACUGGCACGCAUUGCCAAUUCCGCUCCUGUGGAAGAGCUAUCGCAAGAUGUUGCAGAUUUAACGGAACGGCUAGAUCCCACAGAUAAAAAACCCCAAUACAUCGUGGACCAUUCUGAGAAUUCAGCUACUGCUAUGACAGUUUCAAGCGCCGCCACUUCAUCGCAGGCUCCAAUGGCUGGCAAUAGUCCUUUUGGGGGUCAUGAGUCUAGUCAAGGCACUGACGUUCAAUAA